ACUCUCAGGCCCCGCCCCUAAAAGAGACCACGCCCACCAGGUUAUAGAUAGUGCGGAUCCUCCCUCUGACGUCACUUCCGGGCGGCCCCCAAGAUGGCGGCGCCCUUGGCGCGGUCGCUCCGCUCCGGGUUCCCCCCCCGGUUCCCUUCCCGGUUCCCCUCCCGGUUCCCCCCCCUGUCCCCGCUCCCGGCCCCGCUCGCCUUCCCCGCCCGGCCCUUCGUGGCGCUCCCGCUGCGCCGCCGGCCCGGCCCGGCCCCCCCGGCAGACCCCGAGGAGCCGCGGGCGGCCGCGCGGCGGUUCGGGCGGCUCGGCUCGGCCUCGGGGGUGGCUCCGGAGCGGCUCUGGCCCAGCCCCGAGCGGCUCCGCGAGCUGCGGGACGAGGAGCGCGAGUGGGACCCCCCGCUCCGCGACGUGGAGGCGCUGCUGGACCAGCGGGACAGGGAGGAGCAGCGGAGGAGGGAGGAGAGGGCAGCUCUCAUCGCCCGGUGCCUGGCGGAGAUGCCAGCGCGGGUGGCGCAGUGGCGGCAGCAGCGGGAGCAGGCGCGGGAGCGGGCGCGGGUGGAGGCGGCGCGGCGGCAGCGUCUCCUGGCCGAGGCGGGGCUGGGGGAGCCCCCCCGGGCCGGGACCCCCGGGCGGGGCUCGGCGCGGGCGCAGGAGCUGCUGGAGGAGCUGGAGCGGCAGCGGCGCCGGGACGAGAAGCGGCGCCGGCGCCAGGAGCGGGUGGAGGCGGCGCAGAGCGCGCUGGCGGCGGCUGAGGCGGCGGCCAAGGACAGAGCCCCCCCCGGGACCCCCUGAGGGGGCUGGGGGGACCUCCUGACCCCCUCGAUGAACACCAGGACCCCUCUGGAAAUGCCAGGACCCCCCCCCAAGAGAGCUGGGGGGAGCUCCUGACCCUCCCCUGAACACCAAGACCCCCCCCAAGGGAACUGGGGGGAGCUCCCUGACCCCCAGUAUGAACAUCAGGACCCCCCCCUGAGAGUGCCAAGACCCCCCUUUGAGGGCAGCGGGACCCCCCCCCAAGAGAACUAUGGGGGCCUCCUGAGUCCCCCCAAGAGUGCUGGAACCCCUCCCAAGGGUGUGGGACCCCCUCCCCAUCCUGAGAGCACCAGGACCCUCUCCUGAAAUACCUGGAGCCCCUCCCCGCCCCAGGAGUGCUGGGACCCCCCAAGAUCUGCAAGACCCCCUCUCCCCAGUCAAGACCACCAGCAUGGCCUCCUGAGCCCCCCAAGAAUUCCAGGACUGCCUUCCAACCCCCCCAAAAAAAAAACCCCACACCCUGACACCCCCAAAACCGGGUUUAAAACUCUGCUUUUAAUCUCUUUA